GGUAACUUCAGUGCGUUUAUGCAGAAGGAGAUCUUCGAACAGCCAGAGUCCGUUUUCAACACCAUGAGAGGCCGGGUGAAUUUUGAGACCAACACAGUGCUCCUGGGCGGCCUGAAGGACCACCUGAAGGAGAUUCGGCGGUGCCGCCGGCUCAUCGUGAUUGGCUGUGGAACCAGUUACCACGCCGCUGUGGCUACGCGGCAAGUUCUGGAGGAGCUAACGGAGCUCCCUGUGAUGGUUGAACUUGCGAGCGAUUUUCUGGACAGGAACACACCGGUGUUCAGGGAUGACGUUUGUUUUUUCAUCAGCCAGUCAGGUAAGGAUGACGGGUUUGUGUUAGUUCACCUCAGGGCUCUGUCCUCUUGGUAAUACACCUUGUAUCUCCCUCCUGCCUUCAUGCAGUGAAGUUCUCUGUGCACUGAGCAUAUGCCAAACUCUCCUGUGCCUAUGGUCACUUAACCCUCAGAGCCAUCACUUCCUGUCCCGUGUUAUGGGGAGGAGGCCGUGCAGCCGGGGCUUCUCACCACUCCUGUCGUCCCAAGUCCGGGACUUAAGGGACCACUCACCAAAGGGCUUAUUCGUGUGUGCUGGGUGUAUUUAGAGAGGUGAAAGUUCUUCCAAAUUCUGCUGGUUGAGAGUCACUUCAAGGACUAUGUGCAUGCUUUGCAGUGCCCCUGCUGCCCAGCAGGGGGACACAGAGAGAGACAGCACGCAGGUGUCUGGCUCACCGCACCUUCAGUAAACGCUAAGCCUGGGCAUUUGUUCCAGUUGGGCUGGGCAGAGAGUCAGGGAGGUGAUUCAUGGCCAUAUGCUUGGACUCUCUGUGACCUUUAGAAGGAUUUUUAAAAACAGUUUAAUUAUGGAAAAUUCCAAAUCUCUGUAAAAGUAGAGAUUCACGUAAGGAGUCGCCUGUCCUCGGCAAUGAUUAGCUCAGCAGAGCUGGUGUCAUCCAGAUCCACGUUAACCUGUCCCCUCCACGGGGUUAUUUUGAAGUCAAUCCCAGACAUUGUGUCGCUUCAUAAAUACCUCACAAUGCAUCUCUAAAUGGUAAAAGAAAAAAAAAAAAAAAACAUAACCGCAAUGUCAUUACCACCAUGAACACGUUAGCAGCAAUGCCCUAAUAUCCGUUGGGACUUUGAAUCCUGCUGCCCAGUUGAAUUUUUUUUUUUUUUAAAGAUUUUAUUUAUUUAUUUGAGAGAGAGAGAAUGAGAGAGAGCACAUGAGA